UCGAUAGCGCACGGCCGAUGUUUGAAACGGGAGUGCGAAGCCGAAGAGGUGCAGGCGCGCAAAUUCAACGUGUGAAGCGGGUUUGCCUGCUGCGGCCAUGAUCGUCUACUGUGUCGGCGCCAUGCGGCUUGGCCUCCAGUCAGAAGAUUGCGGGACUUGCACGAGGACAUAGUACUACGCGAGCUCGCUGAGCUCUCCUUCGAGAGAACCGGACGGCUUCUUACGCUAUCCUUGACGCCUGAAGAGGGAACGUGUACGUGGGGAGCUGGACCGACGGACGAAGUCAACAAUCACCGAGGGAAAGAGCUGGGCGCGGAUAUCUUGCCUGCCUUGUGCGCCAUCCGCGCCUCCACUGGCCCAUAGCCGUUCUCCCUCAUUUACUGCGCCACUUGAGAGGAUUUGCGGUUUCAUUGGCUUUCAGCAGCUGUGCUGACUAGGAAUUGCUAAUUGACCAGGCUGGCCAUGGCGAUGGCGAUGGCAAGCGCCGCGAGCUAUGGUGUCACAUAUGCGGGGACGAAGGUGGUGGCUCGCUCGGCGCUCUCCGGCUCCUCCAAGGCUUCCUCUUCGUCCUCCACUGACUCCCGGUCCGGUGGAGGAGCGGCAGUGGUUUCGCGACCCGCUGUGGGUUCUGAGGCUGGCUGGACAAGUGGGUCGGCCCGGGGAUGGGAGCAGAUACCGACGCCUCCGCGAAGCGGCGGCUGCAAAUCGUUGACUCCAGGAUCUUCCUUCUUAUCGCCCGAUGGGCGUCGCGGGGAUGUGGGCUGCGGCUAUGUGGAUCGCAACGGCCGGGGUCUCGAUCUCGCCUUUACGGGAAGGGAGGAUGAGGAGGUGGUGGGGAUUAACAACAACCCGAGCAAGAAGUCGGAGGUUGGGAGACUUGUCGGGAUCCCGCGUGCCAGGGCAGGGAACUCUGGCGGUAGGCUUAAUCCCUUCCGCUUUCUCAAUUGGUUGCGCUCCAAGAGGGGUGGGAAGGAGCAGGAGGAGCGCGCUUCAGCAACCGACACGACGACGAAGCCUGGUCAACAUAAUGUGUAUUACACGGUCAAACCUGGAGACACGUUGGAGAGUGUUGCAAGGCAAUUCGAUACUCGGCCGCAGUUUUUAAUAGAGGCGAACGACAUUUUGAAUCCGACCAACUUGUCGCCCGGGCAGGUACUGUGGAUCCCACACGUGUACAUAGUGAGGGCGGGUGACACGCUGUCCGCGAUCGCGCACAAGCUCGGCGUACCAAUGUCCCGGCUGCAGGAGGUGAACGGGAUCGACAAUCCCGACUACAUCUUCCAGGAGGAUGCUCUGGUCAUACCUCCUCCUACAGGAGGGGACCGCGGUGGUGAGGGAGCGCAGAGUGAGGGACAAGAAAGAUCGUCUUCCGGAGUGCAGGGUGGGCGAGGAGGGUCAUCUUCCGGAGGGGAGGGUGGGGAGGGUGGACGUGGAGGACGCUCAUGGUUCUCAUCGUGAUCGAAAGGCUAACAGGAGCAGCCCGGAGCGAGCGAGCGAGCGAGCGAGAGAGAGAGAGAGAGAGAGAGAGAGAGAGAGAGAGAGAGAGAGAGAGAGCGAGAGAGAGAGAGAGAGAGAGAGCGAGAGAGAGAGAGAGACAGACACAGAGAGAGAGAGAGAGAGAAAGAGAGAGAGAGAGAGAUUCAAACAGUUGUAAAGUAACUUCGUCUGGUGUGAACAGGAACAGGUUGUCUGUCCGAUGUCGCGUUGUCUGUCUGGGCAUAUGUCGCACACCACCAAUGUCGAGACAAAGUAGUUGACAGCAGUUAUACACGGUCAAAUAGAAUACAUGGUGGAAGUCCUUUUCUAUUUCUGAAAGGGCGACGCCGCGACGGCCUUUGGAUAUCGUCAUAAAUUCAUAAUUGAACUGAUCGGCCCCAGGUCGUUCAGAAUGACCAGGGCAUCCUCCUGGGGCCCGAUCAGUUCAAUUAUGAUAUCGGCCCCAGGCCAUUUUGGUGGUUUUAGAUUGGGAGUUACGUCUGCAUUUCAACAGGUCAUUGGUGUGUCCACGUCGAAUGAGGACUUUUGGGAGUUACGUCUGCAUUUCAACAGGUUAUUGGUGUGUCCACGUCGAAUGAGGACUUUUCGUGCUGCCAGUCUGGCUCAUUAAGGGCGAUGACUAUGGAUAUCGUCGUCAAUUCGUCCGCCUUCGUGACUGUGAGCAGGUGAAGAAUUUCUUGUGAUUGACACAGAAAGGCAAUUUCGUGUGGGAUCGCGUAGAUCUAGGUGACAAAUUCUGUAUGGAUUGCGCGAGAUCUAACGUAACGGAACGGCAGUUUUCCUGUCUGCGGCUUGUCAUGAUGAUGAAGAAGAUGUGAAAUGGCAUUGCAUUUUGAUAGGACGGAAGUGCAUGAUGACGAGGCUUGUCGGUGGUUUCAAGUACGCGGGGCUACACCGCGGCAUGUGUGAACGUUGGUGGCGCAUAGUGUUGUCCCAGGAGUAGAGGGAGGAAUGCUGUACACACAUCAGGAGGACUUUUUUACGAAAUGUGUCAGUCGUGGAGGGAUAGUGUUCCAGAAAGAGGCGACCGUCUUCACCCGAAUAGAACGCACGGGUAUCAUCGCCUUGCCCCUUUCGGACAGCACGUACCGUCGUACCAGGCGUCAGUCAAAUAGAACGGGCGAUUUUUAUCACCGAUUCACCGUAUCUAGUCACAAAGUUAACCCGAAAACCAGCUUAUGUACCGAGUCUCCUGUUUGGGGGAAGAUGGUAGUACGUCUGCGGGGUGUAGCUGUCCGUCGUCGACUAAAGCAAGGGGGGCGGGGAAGGUGAUGUGGAAAGCACGUGUAGUGUAGGAGGAGCAGAUCGUGAUGGAGGAAGAUCAAUAGCACGUCGUCAACGUUUAUUUGAGGGUAGCGCGAGGGUGGUAGUGAAAUUGCAGGGUGGCAUUGACAUUAGGUCAAUUCAGGUGCAAGGGGAAUAUGACAAUAGCGGAAAAACAUGUGCAGGGAGCGGCAUGACAAGUUGACAACAAAUAAAUCUCUAUGAGAAUU